AUGCCGCCCGGGAGCUCAUCCAGAUCAUCCAAACCAAAGCCGUCGGAGGUGGCGGCUCAGACCAAGAGAACUACAAUCCCUUACAUUCGCAAGCACUACGCGAACACAUGGCCGCUGUAUUCUUACCUGUUUGCGAACCCACUGGGCUUCACACCAGAUCAAUUUCCUCAACGGCCUCUGGGCCUCGCAAACCCGAACUUCUGGAUUCACACGGAUGAUCCCGUAGAUCUUGCAACAAAUUGGUCAGCACGGAAUAACAACACAAGAGUGGCAUUCAUCUGCGCGGCCAACGAGAAGAGGCCCGGCGGGGACUGGGAGACGGGCGUCGUGGGCUACGAGGAGCGCCUGUGCCGGAGGAGCUCGUUGUCCGCUACGAUCGCGACGCCGGGCCCCGCGUCGUACGUGACUGGGAGCCACUACCCCUUACAUUGGGCGGCAGGUAUCUACUCUGACAGAGUCGUUGUCUUCCGCGGCCCGCACGACAGAUACGAGGAGCGCAAGACAGAGGACUGGCGCGCCCUCCCCGUCGUGUCAGUCACGCCCAUAUCGCGGCCCAAGCUCAAGGACGGCGGCACCAGGUACUCGUUCGACGAGGAGCGGGAGAUGGCCAAGAACAAGCUGCGGGUGGCGCUCAGCAUCUGCGCGUACAACGACAUCCGCAACGUCGUCAUAGGCGACUUCGGCCUGGGCAACUGCUACCGCAACCCGCCGCAGGAGAUGGCCGAGCUGUGGCGCGAGGUGUUCCUGUGGGACACGAACCUGCGGGGCAGGAUCGAGAACGUCGCUUUCGUGUUUGAGGACCCCACGCAGAGCACGAUGCGACUGAUCCUCGAGGACGCGGCUAAGAAGAACAAGAGCGGUGGCUCCUCGGGCGGCGGUGCGGGUAAAGGCAAGAGCAGGUCGUCAGGCUCGUCCUCAGUCCCUGCCUGCCCGACGGACCUAGCCGUCUUCGAGCAUGUCUUCAACCCGGCGGAGAUUCAGCGCGUCACCCAGCAGCCUGAUGGUAGGAUGGGGCUGGGCAACCUUGUGUGCUAG